AGAAGAAGAAGAAGAAGAAGAAGAAGCAGUAGUCGUGCGGAUAGGCAGACAUUCAGUUGAACAGUUCUUUUGUUGCUGUAGCUAGUUUAACCACCGAAAGCCUUUGAGAAUAAUCAUACAAAAACGAAGCCAUGGCAGACCUUGGAAUCAAAGCAGGGGACAAGGUGCUGUUGGUUUGGGCUCAGCCCUCAGCACCAGCAGCCCUGAAACAGUAUGCAGAGGAACUGGGUGCCGCUGUUGGUGCAGACGGCAAAGUAUCAGUGGAGAACAUGGAGAGAUUAUUGCUAUCCUCCCAUUCAGCGUCCACCUUCGACUGUGUGCUCUCUUGCCUUCUGGCUGACAGCUCCUCCGUUCACAGUUUGGAGACUCUAGCAGAAUUACUCAGAGUCCUCAAACCUGGUGGGAAGCUAGUUCUGGAUGAAGCAGUUACAGGAACUGAGACGCAGAGUGUGAGGACUGCCGAGAAGCUGGUGUCGGCUCUGAAGAUGUCGGGCUUCAUGUCAGUGACCGAGGUCAGUAAAGCAGAACUGAGUUCCGAGGCGUUGAGCUGCCUCAGGACAGCCACUGGUUACCAAGGAAACACUCUGUCUCGAGUCCGCAUAUCUGCCUCCAAACCCAACUUUGAGAUGGGAUCAUCCACCCAGAUUAAACUGUCAUUCGGGAAAAAGACGCCCAAACCAGCAGAGAAACCUGCUCUGGAUCCCAACACGGUCAAAAUGUGGAUGCUGUCGGCCAAUGACAUAGAUGAUGAUGAUGUGGAUCUGGUGGACUCUGAUGCUCUGCUUGAUGAAGAUGACUUGAAGAAGCCUGACCCAGCAUCUCUUAAAGCACCCAGCUGUGGAGAGGGAGCCAACAAGAAGAAGAAAGCCUGCAAGAACUGCUCAUGCGGUCUUGCUGAGGAGUUGGAGCAGGAGAGUAAAGGAAAACAAAAGCCUGACCUACCAAAAUCUGCCUGUGGAAGUUGUUACCUUGGUGAUGCGUUCCGAUGUGCCAGCUGUCCGUACAUAGGAAUGCCAGCGUUCAAACCAGGCGAGAAGAUUGUGCUGGACCAGAAGACGCUUACAGAUGCUUGAAAUACUAGAUUUCACACAUCAUACUGCUCAUGAUUAAAAAAAAAUUACAUUCCUUGUUUUCCAUCCAGAAGCAUGAUCCCUUCUGCAAAACCACUGAGUUGAAAGCGGCUUUUUCCCUGGCGUCAUUGCAGAUAUGAUGGGGGUUUCUGCCUGUCUGCUCAGCGAGACGGCUUGUUUGAUGGGUUUUAGUGUUUGAAAUUACACCACACGUCAUCUUGUGUCUGAUGAUUGUGUCCUCCUGUACCAGAGGUAGCAACAGCACUUCAUGUUGGCUCAAGAGUUUAAUUUGAGCGUUUUGCAAUACAAGUUUGAUCGUGAGCAAGAGUGAGAUUUGAAUUAAGUUUAAAAAAGUGCACUGUCACUGCUGUUAAUUAUGUAAAUGACUGUGAGAAUUACCUUGAGGGUUUCUAGGAAAUAUUUAGAAUAACUGAAGUUCUAUUUACGCCUCACCACUGACGUGUGAAACUACAUAAGGUUCACCAGCACAAUUCAGGCAUAAAGAGGUCCAUAGACAGUGUAUAAACUGUCCAAUUCAAGCGUAUUUAAGGCAAACAGUUUGCAAAUAAAACAUGUUGCUUUUUUGUGUUUUAUUUUAAUAAAAUAAACUAAGGCCA